UACCCCCCACUCUGCUUCUAUUCUGACCAUGAGAACCCUUGUCGGAUUUUACAUCCUCUGUUUUUUAAUCGAACAAAAUCUGCCUUUUCUACUUGCAAAUGACGUCAGUUCCAUCGAUGAUUCGACCCAAAAUCUCUGUUUAGCAAACCGAUUAUCUGAUUUUCUCCCUCCACCGUACAGCAAUAUCUCCGAUUCCAUGCCAUGCACGCCUCUCUGGAACACAUUCGUAUUACGGUACUCUGAAAACAGAGACAAUGUGGUGACGAUCAUAGUAUCGGCUUUAUAUACGACCGGGUGGGUCGGAAUGGGAUUCUCCAAGGACGGAAGAAUGGUGGGAUCAAGCGCGAUGAUCGGGUGGAUUUCGAAAAAAGGUCACGCCAAAAUCAAACAAUACUAUCUCCAAGGAACAGAGAGAGACCAAGUUGUACCGGAUCAAGGAGAGUUGCAAUUACAGAAAGUCCCUCCGGUUGUGGCUCUUCACGGAGCAAUGAUUUACUUAGCUUUUCAGGUGAAGUUCUCCGUUAAAAUUCCUCGUAGAGCAGUGAUUCUAGCGUUUAGCACAGCUUAUCCUUCGAAGCUAGGCCGUUUGACUAAGCAUGAUGAUAAAACUACUGUCAUCGUCGAUUUCUCCAAAGCAAAUGGAUUAACAUCCAUAAAAACGACAGUUUCUACGGAUAAGACAAAACAUGGAAUGAUGGCAAUACUCGGAUGGGGCUUCUUACUUCCACUAGGGGCAAUCCUCGCGAGAUAUCUCAGACAUAGAGAUCCUCUUUGGUAUUAUCUUCACAUCGGUAUUCAAUUCACGGGUUUUAUCUUCGGUUUAGCCGCUGUUAUUCUUGGAAUUCGGCUUUACAAUAGGAUCCAACCGGAUAUACCUGCACAUCGAGGCAUUGGGAUCUUUCUUCUGAUCCUUAGCAUUCUCCAGGUUUUUGCUUUCUUUGCGCGGCCGCAAAAGGAGACAAAGAUGAGGCGAUAUUGGAAUUGGUAUCAUCAUUGGAUUGGGAGAAUCUCUCUGUUCUUUGGAGCAGUGAACAUUGUUCUUGGAAUUAGAAUGGCUAAUAAUGAAGAAGAUGGAUGGAAAAUUGGAUAUGGAUUCGUUUUGUCAGUGACAUUGCUUGCUUUUCUUGUUCUUGAAAUAUUCAGGAUUCGUGGCUCCAUUGGUUCACCUUCUUCUCACACGCCUCCUUCUUUUGAGACACAUCCAAGUUCUACUAGUGUCUGAUUCAAGAUCCUCUGUCUUUGUCAUUCCUCUGUUUCUGUACAUAACACCCCUUUUUGGGAUUUUGUUGGCUAAAUUCAUUAUGGUCCUUGAAUUUUAUAGUCGUUGAUUGAAUUUCGUUUAGACAAACAUG